GUUUCCUGCAGCAUUAGAGUGUGUGUGAGCUGCUGCAGCAGGUAUAGUGCACUGACUCCUGAAGAACACGGCUACUGCUGAAGCUCUGCUCAACACAAAAGCACACAAGGCGAGGAUGAAAGCUGAAUCCCUCCUAAACUGCCCCACCUCUGAAGCCACAAGGUCAUACACCUAUAUCAGCAGUGAUGGGACUCGGUGUGUGGCAUGGAGGAGAUAUGAUGGAACAUUUUACACUACCAAAGAGCCUGAAGACCUUAUUGACCCAGUUGUUGGAGUGAUUCGAAGUGGUAGCGUGGAUGUCUUGCUGGAGAUGAUCAUGGCUGGGAGAAAUGUAAGAGACAGAUCUCAGCAGCAGGGCUGGAACACUCUGCAUGAAGCUGCAGCUCAUGGGCAGGACAAAUGCCUCAGAGUGCUGCUAACAGUGCACCCUGAGCUGAUUGACAGGUGUGACAUGAAACGGCGUACUCCUCUUUUUGUGGCUGUGGAAAGUGAUCAGGUUGCCUGUGUGGAGUGUCUUCUAAACUGGGGUGCUGAUCCAAACAUUUCCAAUAAAGACAGAGAGACCGCCUUGUGUAAAGCAUGUGAUGUAGAAAAUGCAGAGAUGGUGAAGCUCCUCCUGAAUGUGGGUGCUGAUGUGAAUAAGAGCUGCAGCCAAGGAUGGACUCCCCUCCAUGAGGCUGUGUGCAGGAACAAUGUGGAGAUCUGUGAGAUCUUACUGAAAGCAGGAGCCAAAAUAUGCACACCUAACACUUAUGGCCUUACACCUGUCUUUGUGGCAGCCCAAACUGGAAAUGUAGAGGCAUUAGGCCUCCUCCUGCAGUAUGGAGCAAAUAUCGACAGCCAGGCUGGUGAUGGUGCAACAGCCCUCUUUGAAGCCUGUAAAAACGGCCACGAGAGAGCUGUAAGACUUCUCCUGCUGAAGAAUGCUGAUGCCAACAAACAAACCAAGGCUGGACUCCUCCCACUUCACACUGCUGCCCAGCAUGGCCAUUAUGAGAUUGUGUCCAUGCUGAUUCCAGUCACUUGCAGAACCAAAAUUCACUGCAGUGGCAUCAGCCCCCUCCAUCUGGCAGCUGAGCACGAUGAGGACUAUGUCCUGGAGCUCCUGAUCCAGGCUGGCUUUGAUGUGAAUGCUCUGCUGACACCAGGACGUUCCUGCAUGUAUCAGGACCGUCGUACCACGGCGCUUUACUUCUCUGUCAGUAAUGGAAACAUUGAAGCUGCAGCUAUGCUCUUGAAGGCCGGUGCAAACCCCAACCUGGACUACUUCAGACCCAUUCUGGUAGCUUUGAGGCAGGGCUCAGUGCAGAUGGUACAGCUGCUUCUGGAUUAUGGUGCUGAUGUAAACACGGUGUUUCCAAACUCGCCGACCACUUUCCCCUCCACUGUCUCUAUCUGCAUGAACUGCCUGCCCAUGCUGAAGCUCCUCAUGGACAAUGGAUGUGACGCUCUGUCUUGCUUGCAGUGCAGGUAUGGCAGCAAAUCACAUCCACCGCUGAAAAACUGCACCAAAGACAGCUUUGAUGUCAACAAAGAGGAGCCAUGCAUUCAGUUCUGUGAGAUGAUCUCCCGGCCUACAGUGUGUCACUGGGCAGGACCAAUCAUAGACCUGCUGCUGGAUUAUGUGGGAAAUGUCAAACUCUGUUCCAGGCUCACUGAACAGCUGGACAGCAAUAAAGAAUGGCUCUGCAUCAAGGAGAGAACAAGGGCUCCACACUCAAUGAAGCAGCUCUGCAGACUGAGUAUCCACCACUCUGUUGGAGCACAGAGAACGAGCAGAAUCAGCAAACUCCCUCUCCCUAAACGACUAAUCCAGUAUCUACACCACCAGGAGUGACAAGACAUAUUAUUAAAAUGUUAUAAUGAUUGAUGGAUACAUACAGUUACAGAUGCUGUUGCAGUUAUGUUUAGUGUGAUUCUGUGAAGCUCUAUAUAAAUAAAUUUGAGUUGAUUAAUCACA